UAUUAAUGCAAUUCCAAAGAGCAAGAAAACGAACUGUCUUCUUCUUCUUUCCACCCCUCUACUCCCAUCUAAACCAUCUAUUCUUUUUUAUUUAACUUUGAGUCCACCCAAAGCGAUUACGAUUCUAUUUUGUCGUUAAUUUCUUUUUCAUUUUUCCUUUUUAUUACUUCUUUUUGUUUGUGUUUCUUUUGUUGUUUUUUUUUAGAAAAAUUAUGGCUAUGAACUAUUCAAGAAUAGCCAUUUCUUGAAGAAUCUUGAUCUGGGUGUUUGUUACUCUUCGUUCUCUUCGUCUUGCCUCCUCUUACUUGUUAUUAACUUAUGGGUCUUCUUGUUUUUCCUUGUUUAUUUACGUGUUCUUAUUGAAAGAACCUUCUUGGCCUGGGGUUGUUUUCCUUCUCUUCGAUUUUGCAACUUUAUAUUUGGGAUUGAAUUGAUUUUGAUAGUUAGCAAGCAGCCGAUGUUAGGUUCAGGCAUGAAUUUGAUUACUACUGUUAUCGGGUUUGGGAUGAGUGCCACUUUUAUUGUGUUUGUUUGCACAAGAAUUAUCUGUGGGAGGCUUCGAGCUUCUGAAUCCAGGCAAACGUUUGAGCUUGAAUCCAGGAUUGACCUUGACCAGCCAGAACAUCAGAUUAGUGGUCUUGAACCAGUGAUGGUAGCUGCAAUUCCCACAAUGAAGUUCAACCGUGAGGCAUUUACUGCUGUGGAGGAUGCACAGUGCUCAAUAUGUUUAGGAGAAUACCAAGAAAAGGAAGUAUUGCGGAUCAUGCCCAAGUGCGGUCAUAACUUUCAUUUGUCUUGCAUAGAUGUAUGGCUUAGAAAACAAUCUACAUGUCCAGUUUGCCGGUUCCCAAUACAAGACACUCUAGAAGCAAAACAUAUGAGACAAGCAACAAUGAGUAUGGUCCGAUCUAUUGAUAGUCCUGAGACAUCAACUGAACAUUCUCGACAAUGGCUACUACCUGGUCCUGAUCGUUCGAUGGGGAAUGCUAGUAACCAAGAGCACCUUGUCCCUGUUUCUGGAAGCCCUGAACCUGCUCCCAUAGAACUACAGACAAGGCAUUGACGAAGCAAAGAAAUUGAUGAUGUAAUGACAACAUAUUCACAUUCAUUUUCGUUCUUGCGAGGCCUCUGGUUCUUGCAAGAUAUCUUACCUGUGCUUCAAGCCAACUUUACUUUUUUUGAGACGUUGAAUCUCUUUGGUUGGAGCAUGCACAUACGACUUGAGAUUUUGUGUAGAUUUGUACAUAAAAUUCCUACUAGCUUUUGUAGCAUGGUACUGAGACUCGCUCAGCCCUAUUCGUUGUGAAGAAACUGUAAUAAUCUUGGAAAGUACAAUCGGUUCAGACGCACAGGUUUUCUUAGUACCUAGAUAUCUGAACCAGGGGGGUUCCUGAUUGAUCCAAACGCCAAGGCCAAGUUUUCUGUUUGUACAAACAGAUAUGUUCUCUCUCUUCCUCUCCUGUAUUAACAAGAAAUCAGCUAGUGCUUGCAUCCAAUACGACUUGUUCUCACUCUUUGUAAAAGCUGUCUCAUUUCACUGCCUCACGCAUAAUGCAUAUCGGGGUGGUGAUGGAGGUUGCCAGCAUGAGCGUGAUUGCUGGGUGGUGGGGGCGGCAGCAGCAGCGACGGUUGCUGGGUGGCGGUCGCUGUAGGGGGUGGCAUUUGAAAUUUUUAUAUUUAUCCAAACUUUGAUAUUUGGAACAUAAAUAUAUGAGAUUCUAAAUCCCUAAUGUAUAUCAGAUUAUGAAUUUCAAAUGACAAGUUUCAGAUUGUUCUAUGCAAA